AGUUCUUGGCUUAUUAAACGGCGCCGCCGAGAUGGAAAGCAAUCAAUCAUCAGCCGACGAAGUCAUGAAAAAUUGGGAAGUAAACACAGAUCAUUUAGCCUACAUGCACAAGAAAAUCUUGGAGCCGCCGCGGUUGCUGAGCAACGCUGCCGGGAGGAGCUCAUGCUGCAUUUUCAGGGUUCCUGGAAGAAUGGUAGAGAUCAACGGCAAGUCCUACCAACCCCAUGUGGUCUCCAUUGGUCCUUACCAUCGCGGCAAGCCUCAUCUCCAGAUGAUUGAGGAGCACAAAUGGAGUUACCUGGGCUCCUUGCUCAAAAGAAUAGGGAAAAAAGAAUUGCUCUUGGAGGACUUGAUGAGAGCAGUCCAGCCGCUAGAAAACAAAGCAAGAGAAUGUUUCUCGGAAACCAUUCAAAUGAGCACAGAUGAGUUCGUCGAGAUGAUGGUUCUCGACGGAUGUUUUGUAGUUGAAUUGUUUCGAAAAGUGGGGAAAUUAAUCCCAUUCGAGCCUAACGACCCCAUAAUCUCGAUGGUAUGGAUACUGUCUUUUUUCCACCGGGAUCUCCUCCGGUUGGAGAAUCAAAUCCCUUUCUUCGUCCUUGAAUGCAUAUUUGAUCUAUCAAGAAUGCCUGAGGAGGAAUCUGGUCCGUCCUUGUCCCGGCUUGCUCUAGAGUUCUUCAACAACGCGAUGCAAAGGUCUGAUGCGGAUAUCUUAAAUCACGAGCAUCUAAAAGGCAAGCAUUUACUUGACAUGGUACGGACGAGCUUCAUUCCUUCUCACAUGGAAGAGGAAGUACACAACGGAGGAAUUCCAACACCAUCCCAUAUCAUCCACAGCAUUUCAAAGCUCCGUUCUGCGGGAAUCAAACUGAACCCGAUGAAGGCGGAGAGCUUCCUGAUAGUGAGGUUCAGAAAUGGAGUGAUCGAAAUGCCAACAAUAACCGUCGAUGACUUUAUGAGCUCGUUCUUACUCAACUGUGUGGCGUAUGAGCAGUGCCACAAGGGCUGCUCCAAGCACUUCACUAGUUACUCAACGCUGCUCGACUGCCUCGUGAACACGAACAAGGACGUAGAGUACCUAAGCGACCGGAAUAUCAUCGAGAACUACUUCGGGACUGACGGCGAGGUAGCUCGGUUCAUUAAUAAUUUGGGGAAGGAUGUGGCUUUUGACAUCGACCAAUGCUAUCUGUCAAAGGUAUUCAACGGCGUGAAUGAUUAUUACCAGAGUAGUUGGCACGUUCAAUGGGCGGGGUUUAAGAACACUUACUUUAGGACUCCUUGGUCCUUCAUAUCUGCAUUGGCUGCCUCGAUCCUCCUGCUCCUCAGCCUGGCCCAGACUUUCUAUACCAUUUAUCCCCAUUAUUAUCGUCGAAAGCCAUAAGUCUAUUUUAUAGUUUUUCUUUAAUUAUCCUUUCCCUUGAUCAUUUUCAUUUGUAUACCAAGCCAUAUAUGUAUCAAACUAAUAAAAUUCAAUACCUUAU